CGCUCUUAACCACUCGAAUAUGAAGCAAAGAAGCAUAAUUAACUAUAUCAAUCCUGACUGAUAGUAGGCGCAUACUUCUUUCCCCUCCGCUUAUCGCGCCGUUGGACCCCCGACUCACCGCCUUGCAAAAAAUCGAGAUCAAAAACCGUUAGGACUUUCUUGACAAACACUCGAUAAGCACAAUUAUUGCAAUUCAUAUUCAUAAUGUCGGCCAAGCGUUCGCGCGAUACAGAAGAUCGUCCAGGGGGCUCUGCGACAACCGAACCCCCAGUCAAGAAGAACAAGAAGGGUUUUUCUGUCGCGCCUGAUAACCUCCCCGAUGGCACAUAUCGCCGGAAAGCCCAAAAAAUCAAAGCCGACCUAAUCCAAAAAGCCAAAGUUAAAAAAGCCUACGCCAAAGUAAAAUCCCAAGAAGAAGCGCCAACCAAACCCUCCGUCUACGAACUCGAAGAACAGCGCCAACGCGAAGAAAAUGAGCGGCGACAAAACGAACAUGCCGAUCCCAACGAGCCCCAAGAGGCUGAAGGCGCUGGCAUGGAGCUUCACCCAGACCGAGUGGCUAUGCUGAAUGAACCACAACCCGAACCCGCACCUGAACGGAAACCUAGGCCGGAGCGUGCGCAGAACCGUCGCGAGGGUGGCAGAAACAAGAAGGGAAAGCGUACUGCUUUUGACAAGGAGUUGGAGAUUGCGCGGAAGCGCCAAGAGGAGGCUGAGAGAAGAAGGGAACAAAGAGAGUUUAGGCAGAAGGAUCGCGAUGCCAUGGCGAAGGCUAAACGGCCGGAUCAGAAUGGGAAGAAAAGGUUGGGGAGGGAGAGUACGGUGCUGCUUAGUCGUGUUCAACGGAUGGUUGGUUAGACCUAGAUGGUCUUGUGGCAGUGUGCAUUGAAAAGUGUCGGAUUAAAAGUGAUACCCAGCGUUAAUAUGAUCUGGUUUUGAUUUAUAUGGAUACAGUUUGUGAAUAAAUGCAAAUGCUAUUCAAAAUUAAGUGACUAAUUACUGAGGUG